AUGGUAGCAGAGGAUAUACAAAUCAACGCACAUGUCUUUCACCACGAGACACGUCCCUUUGAAGACUUUAUCGUCUACUAUGGUUGGUUGGUUUGCAAUUCACGUUUGACGUGUCCUCAUAUGCCUGAGUGUGUCAUAAGGCAGUUCGACUACAUGGAACUUGUUCCUAGAGACCUUCACAAUCUGCUCUCCGACUAUGAUACGCCGACUAUGAUACGUCCAAGUGACGGGAGUGUUGUACACGACUACCUCCGAUGGUACUUUAAGGUGUCACAUACUUAUAUGAUUGGGCAGACGGAUAUAGACACCAGACUAUUUCCAAGUGGCUCUACGGUGAGGGAUGUUAUAGAUGCCAUGAUGUAUGAGGCACUACAGUACAAAAUGCAACUUGAUAAGAGGAGGAGAAGAAGGAAUGAUCUUGAAAUGAGUGAAGACAAAUUGAGUGACUUGUCCGAUUCAAUUCUCAUUCACAUUCUCUCUUUUUUGAACACCAAAGAUUCUGUUCAAACUUGCAUUUUAUCUAAAAGAUGGAACCAUGUUUGGAAAUAUAUUCCCAUGCUUACAUUGAAUCACUCACAUUUUUCUACUCGGAAGAGUUUCGAUAAAUUAGUGUCUAGAUUUUUGUCUCUUCGCGAUAACUCAAUUGUACUGCAUGCUAUUGAUUUUAUUCGUAAUGGUAGUAUCGACUCUCGCCUACUUAGAAGGCUUGCACGCUAUGUUUUAUCCCAUAAUGUCAAGCUUCUUCGAUUACGAAUUGAUGUCAAAUGUGAUAUUGCUCACAUCCUGCCUUGCAUUUCUUCAUGUCAUACUUUAACAUCUCUUAAGCUCUCGGUUUCACCUAAUGGUCGUCAUAAUUACGGGAGAACGAUGUUUCCUAAAUCUCUGAAUUUACCUGCGUUAACGUGUUUGCAUCUAGGAAAUUUUGCCUUUAGUGCUAGUGAGGAUGGCCGAAUUGAUCCUUUUUCGGCCUUUAACAAGUUGAAUGAUUUGACCAUUGAUAAUUGUAGUGUGAGGAAUUCCGAAAUCUUGUGCAUAUCAAGUGAGACGCUAGUCAGUUUAACUAUGCGUAAUCAUUCUUUCAACUCUUAUCAAAUCAAGCUAUCUGCUCCAAGUCUUUGUUCAUUUGCUUUUACGGGUACUCCUUAUCAGAUGUUCCGUGGAAGCAGUCUUUCUUCUAUCAAAGAUGUAAACAUUGAUGCGGAAAUGUUGGCAAAUUACGGGGCGCCUCCUUUUAUAUUACGUAGCUGGUUGCUAAAACUCGCCAAUGUCAAAUCAUUGACGGUCUCUGCAAGUACUCUUCAGGUUCUCUCCUUAAUUCCUAAUUAUCUUUUGAAGCUUAAGAUAUCUUCUCUGCAUAGCUUGAAGUCGUUGAAAGUAAAGUUGAAACCACUUUCAUAUGGAUUAUCCAUGGCAUUGAAAAUUGUUAAGUUAGAAAAUGCAUUAAAAGCAGGAUUUGAACCAUCUUCACCCAUUCCCGAUGGAAUACUGAACUUUUUGCUCCAGAACUCACCGUCAGCAGCUGUUGACAUCAUAGACUGCUCAAGGUGUGACGAUUCCUUCGACCAUCUACCUCCGUUCUCAUCUUCGCUUUUUGCUCAAUUCCUUCAGCCUUCUUCGCAGGAGAAUGCUAUGUAUGAUCUGUACCAACGGUUACAAUAUCUAGAGCAAGUGUUGCAGCAGACACAAAGGUAUCUUCAUCUAGCAGAGAUUAAGGACAAGGAGGAGAUAUUGGCCCUCAAAGAGCAUGUGAUGAUGAUGUCAAAGACCAUGGAUGCCAUAGCGGCAGAGGGUUGAGGCCAUGAGGCUACUAUAGUGUCGAGACCUAUGAAGCACAAACAGCGCUAAGAGUAGGUGUGUCGUGACACGUGUUAGUGAUGUUAUCAUGACAAUUAUAACGAGGACGAACACGAUUUGAUCCCUCCCAUCAUUCAUAGUUUGUGUGUAUAUUUUUUUAUGCUCACACACAUUUUGAUAUGUACAAUUCUUAAAUUCUUUUGGUUCGUAUGCAUCCAAUGAUGGAAAAUAAACUAAUGCUUAGUGUAAUAUCAUCUUAUUUAUGCAUCAUAAA